AUGGGGCUGGAUCUGGUUGCCCAGGGAGCACGGGGCAAUACCCACGCUGCUACCACUGAGCGUAUCCCUCCCUUGCCGCACCACUCCCACCCCGAUCCUAAAGAAAAGAAAUUCCACUCCCACCCGACCAAACUCUCUCUCUCUCCAACCUCACCCCCACCUGAGUUGACUCAUCUCCCCCACGACCUCCUCGCCGCCGCCAGCACCCACACCGGCCGGUUCCGGCGAGCUCCGGCCUCGCGGAAUACGCCCCCAAGCACCCCAAGCUCCGCCCCUCCCUCCCCUCCUCCCAGAUCCGUGCCUCAAGGCCUGCACCCUUGCCUUGAGGCGGCGAGGGGGAAGGCGGCGGCGGAGAGGCAAACGGCGAGGAGGAGCAGCACGCGGCUCUUCCACCCAACGGCCGCGGAGUCGUCGGUGCGGGCCGUCAGCCUCACCGAGAAGAGGAGCAGCACGGCGGCAAGGACGACGAGGGAGAGGAGGUGGUGGCUGAGGACGAGGCGCGUGUACAGGUCCCUCCCGCAGGCGCUGUCGGGGCGGAAGGCGUUUCCGAUGACGAAGAAAGCGGUGAGAUUAAUCCUGAGCUGCUCCCUAGCAGCGGUACUGGUUGCAUGCUAUAUUAAUGCUUUGGACGAAAUUACAUUAUUCGUCACCCCUGCUCAGCUCAGAGAGGAUGCUUAUGCCGUCCAGAGCAAUGAGCAUGGAAUAGCAGCUCGAGACAGAGGCGCGUUUCAUUGGGAACUUAUUCCGGCACCUGAGCUAUUUACAGAAGGAGGGGACCCGGCGUUCUUCACGGCUCGCGGCAGUGUCUACCUUUGAUUCAUUCGUGCAAUAAGGAGGGGACCCGCCCUUCUUCAUGUCUCGUGCAACAAGGACCAGCCUCCGGAUGUUACUAUUGAUUCGUGUGCAUGUUUUAAAAAGUAAGAAAAUACCCUACUGGAUUUGGACGCUGACGAGCACUGACAAGUUUUCACUUUCCCGACGUGGCCGCAGGGGUGGGUGUUGUGUUCUCCAACCACUCGGAAGUGGACUUCGCCGUGAAGCCCGGCAACUGCGUCGCACAGAUGAUCGUCCAGGUGAAUGCGACGCCGGAGGUCACGGAGGUGGAGGACCUCGAUACCAUCG